AACUUGGUCUCGGUUGUGGGGGAAGGCGCCCCCCCCUCCGCCCCGCCCUGCCCCGCCCCUCUGCUUCCUCCCGAUCUCUGGCACGGGGGCCACUGUGGGCAGAGGAGCAAGAGCGAGCUCAGCAGCGGCAGCAGCGAUGGCAGGGAAAGAUUUGGAGCAGUGCCAGCGCCAGGCGGAUGAGGUGACGGAAAUCAUGCUCAACAACUUUGACAUGGUCCUGGAGCGCGAUGGGAAACUCUCGGAGCUGCAGCAGCGUUCCGACCAACUCCUGAACAUGAGCUCAGCUUUCAGCAAGACAACCAAGACCCUGGCCCAGAAGAAGCGCUGGGAGAACAUCCGUUGGCGUAUCUACUUGGGGCUGGUGGUGGGCGGUGGCCUGCUCAUCAUCCUGAUUGUGUUGCUGGUCAUCUUUCUCCCACAGGGAAGUGAGGGCAGCAGUGGCCCACAGGCCCAGGACUCAGGUGCUGCCUCGGGGCCUGGGGACUGACCCAGUUGGGCCUGGAGGAGAGGCCGAAUGGCCACGCUGGCUGGUUCUGGUCUCCAAAGAACUUUGGCAUUUGCUCUUAUCUGAGCCACCCCAGUGAGCGCCUGAGGGCAGCCCCAAAGUGUGCACCUCUGCAUCUCCUAUCACGCCACUGGCUGGCCCUUGAGGGCAGCCUGCUGCACUGGCCAUGCCAGGCCAGCCCCCCUUGGAGCUCAGUAAACACUGCUGCUUGGUUAAAAA